AUGGAGUUGACCGGGCUAGUGAGCAGUGCAGACCUACGCCUAGGUCCAAUUCCAGGCCCGUCAAACAACUGUCUGUCACUGUUAGAUGAGAAAACGGAUUUCAAAGUGACAUUAUUACCAUCCAAUUUCAACCUCGAGAACCAGGCGUCGACAUCGGCUAACGUCCUUAACGUUGAUCUCGAGAAAUGUUCCGUGGGAAUGACCAGUUUCAUACAUGAACCAUUAUCCACUCAGCCGUCUACGUCAAGGCUUCGACCGUGGAGCAUUGAUGACAAUGUUGAAUCAACGAUCUUGCUUCGUUAUAAAAAACAGCAUCAUACACUAUACGUUACUUUUCUGCUCUUCAUUUUAUUACUCAUCUAUGCCAUGUCAGAGGGAUACAAUAUCACUGCUGGCUUUGAUCCUAACCUCACCCCGGAUCUCGUCAGAGCAUUGAACAAUAGGAAUACCACUCAAGCAUAUUUCGGUGCACAGAGUCUUAAUAUCAAUGAUAACAUUCGUACACGAGUGGUUUAUUUCAUAUUGGAUGGGUUGCGAUUUGAUGCCACACAAACGAAUCCAUCAUUGAAUGCAUUGGUAACAUCGCCAUGGUUCGUACAUGACUCAUUGAUAUUGAACAUGUCCGCUCAAUUACCAACCAUAUCCAUCCCUAAUUGGCAGACUCUCGUCACUGGUGCUCGACCAUCGUUGCAUGGUCGUACAGGUAAUGAUAUUCUAACACCGUUUACAUUUGAUUCCAUUUUUACUUCAUCAAUGAGUGUCGGAAUGAAGAAUGGAAUUACCGGCGAUGCAUGGUGGUCCAUUCUAUUGAACGGUCAUUUGACUCCAUUCUAUGGUGAUGGUACCAGUCCCACACUCACGAACAACUUCGGUGACGCGUACUAUACUCAAGGUCAUAGUGAUCAUAAUAAAGACAUUGCUUACAAUCAACGAUUCCACAACGCUAUAAACAGUCAAACAGUUGAAAAACGAUCUAAUGGAUCGAAUGUCAUUGUUCGCUUCGACUAUGAUUUGUUCUUGUCUUAUUAUGGUGACAUCGAUGGUGAAUCUCAUUCAUUUGGCGCUCAAUCAUCGCAGACACAAUCGGCCAUCGAUGAUAAGGUGGCGUUCGUUCGCGCAGGUAUCAAUGCCAUCGCUGCACUCGAUGCGAUGACACAGACUCACACUAUAUUCAUUAUAACGAGCGAUCAUGGCAAUGUCGACGUUGGUGGUCAUGGUGGUGAUGUGCAUGUGUUGAGAGCCGUUCCUUGCAUCGUAUAUGCAAAGGAUUCUCAAUUGGCUUCUGUGAAUAAUUCAUUGCCAGUCUAUUCUACAUUUGAUACUGUCGAUAUCGCUACAAGCAUCACCGCUCUCUUGGGUGUACCAGUGCCACGUCAAAGUGAAGGGUCCUUCAUUUCACCGCUCAUCUCCGCCCUCGUAUCCCCAUCGAAAUGGGCUCGUUUGUACUUCGAUUUAUUCAAACAGAAGCAAGCGUUGGCCUCAGCUUUGUUGACUCAAUGGAACCAAUCCUCUUUGAAGUCACAGUAUGCAUCACUAUUUGCCGACGAUGCUGGAGUGAAUGCUGACGUUGCUGGACUCAACGCUAACAUUGAAAGACUCUCUGCACUUAUUGAACUAUCCAAAGCUCAUCACGUUGCAUUUAUCACAACGAAUAAUAUCAUUUUCAGUUUCUUUAUUGCCAUCUUCGCUAUCGCCAUGAUCUGCAUCAUUUUCCAUCGAUCGACUUUUCUUGAUCUGCACACUAUCCUUCCAACGCUCAUUGUCUUUGCAUGCAGGCGAGGAUGGCGGCGACUAUUAUGGAAUCGCUGUCGAACUGCAAACAUCGAGGAGUACAAACCGGUGUUAUCUAACAUUCAACGUCUUCACCGAACUUUUCUUUUAUUUGCUGUGGUGAUUAUUGGAGUAUGGUGGUCGUUAAUGAUGAUUGCAUUAUUGGUUGUCUUCGCCUAUGGUUAUCGUCCCACCGCCGAAUGGCGAUGGCAGUUCACGCUAUUUAAUUCCAGCCAUGAUGCUUAUGUCCUCACAAUCGGCAUCUGUAUUUUCGGCUCAUUUCUUGUCACUGGGCUCAUUGCAUUGACGAUGUGGCUCAUUCUCAACCUCAAAAUCAUCACUGCAUGGCUGUCUCAGCUCUUGCGUUCAUCAUCAUUUAACCACGAUGUGGAAUCUGCAAUCAUAUCUCCAACAGCAGCAGUCUAUUAUCUUAAUUUCUAUGUCAUUUUGAUGUUCAAUGUGAAUGUCAUCCUUUUCCAUUUGAGUCAAAGUUAUCAUUGCCUUUGGCUGCCAUUUAUUCAUCCUGCUACUAUCAUAACACAGAUGGCAUGGAACGCGCGAUUCCAAUCAUUGACUGUGUCGUUCAUGAUGUUACCGGCCAUGCUGUUACUCAUGGUUAUUGAUGCACUCGUACGGUAUCAUCUAUUUCGUCAGAUCUUUGUUUUGCAUCUUCACAAAGACGAGGAGUUUGCGAUAACCAGCACGGCGGGUCGAACAGCGCUUCUCCACAUCGCCUCAAUACGACUGGUAUCCCAUCGACACUUCGGAAAAAAAGAGGAAUAAAGAGGAUUUGUGGUUUGAAAAAAAAGAGAAAAAGAGGAGUUCGAAUUUUUGGAAUAAAAGUGCUAGCUAAUACCCAACAAGCAUAGGAGUCUACGAAAUUAGCAUCUCUAUUAUUUGCGUUCAAUGGCGAAGCGAAACAGAGAAAACUUCAAUUCGAUAUUAUGAACGAACAAAAAACAAUGCGAUCAAUCUGCUAUCCUUAGAGAUAAAAAAACUCGUGAUUCUUUGUUCCAUGGCCCAGUCGGCAGUCCCAUUAAACGUUGACGAAGUCUUUCCGAGAAUUCGACAAUUCUGAAUAUAUUAAAGGCAUAGGUACUAGGCAAUUCAUGAAGUUAUUUUUGCAUCUAGAUAAGAAAAACGAUCGUCUUUUGACUCCAAAAGUUAGACUUUUCUUAAAAAUCUCGGUCCCGCCGAUCAUGCGGGAUCGGGAUCGAAACUGGGACUGAUGUCGCACAUCUUUAACUACAUAACAUAAGAAAGUAGCUUCAAGAUAGAUGAAUAGACACAUCUUUACUUUAAUUGUCAAUCUGAUAAAUGGUAUAAUAAAAAAAGCGCAUUAAGGGUACCUGCUCGCUCCCGAACCUUACACUUAGACUUUUCAGUGUCAAUUUUUAGCACAAGUUCAGUUCUGAAGUGUUCUUCUUCGAAUGCCAGACAAAAGAUGUUUUAUCUGUCAGCUAGUAGUUUUAUGAGAAAAGACUCUAGAAUACUCCAGCAGGAAAUUUCGCUUGUAAUUAUAAUGAAUUUUCCUGAUAAAGACGCUUAUUUCCUGCGAAAAUGGUGUUCUGAGGAUCAAGGACUGAUCUUUCACUCAGCUAAGUAUGCUCAGUGUUUCAUCAGUUUCGUUGGAGAAAUGACAAUCGCGAAAUAUAUCUAGUAUGACGUUUCAGAAUUUCGAAUUUUCCAAAGUUCAAUGUUUUACAAAAAUGGCACAAAACUAAAAAUAUCCCAGUACUAAACAGUGUCUAGUACCUGUAGAAGAAGUUUCAGCUCGACCGAACGCGACGCAUCUGAGAAACGGGAGGAAAUGUUUAGCCAUUGUGAAUCGUUUGGACUCCAAUAUUUCAUAGAAGAAAGCAGAGUGAAAGCUCGAGUCUAGCACAAAUAUUAAUCUACCGCCCGAGAUCUAUCGAGGGAACUUCCCCAACUGAUUCCUCGCUUUUGACUCCGUCUUUUGGCCAUAAGUAGAUCUUGAUGAGACUAAGAAAACUCUAAAACCGUUUGUGCUUAUGGCCCUUCGUUUCCGAGAUAUGGUCC